AUGGCUGCGAGGCCUCGGCGCGUCGUCUUCUGGCUGCUGCUCUGCCCGGUGCGCGCUUUCCUGGGACCGCCGCCGCCGCUGCGGGCCUCUCCGCGUCCGCUGCGGGCCUCUCCGCGUCCGCUGCGCGCCUCUCCGCGUCCGCUGCGCGCCGCGGCCGCGGACGGCGCCGCGGGCGUCGCCGUGCGCAUCGAGUACUGCACGGGGUGCCGGUGGAUGCUGCGGUCCGCCUGGCUCGCCCAGGAGCUGCUGACGACCUUCGACGCGGGCGAGAUCGGCGAGGUCGCGCUCGCGCCGCACUACGGCGAGCCCGGCGGCGUCUUCGUCGUCACCGUCGACGGCGCGGUCGUCUGGGACCGGGCGGCCGACGGCGGCUUCCCGGAGACGAAGGCGCUCAAGCAGCGCAUCCGCGACGUCGUCGACCCGGCGAAGGGCCUGGGCCACAGCGACGUCGCGGCGGCGGCGCCGGCGCCGCGCCCGCGGCUCUUCGAGUCGGCGGCGCGGCCGCCGCCGCGGGUCGCCGGACCCGGCGACGUCGAGGAGCUCUACCCCGCGCCGGCCGAGGGCGAUGUCAAGGAGGCGGCGCCGGAGCCGCCGACCGAGGGCUCGUCCUGGGACGACGACUGGACGCGCGAGACGGACCUGAAGAGCGGCCUCUUCGGCGGCGACGACGACGUCGCCGCGAAGCUCGCGGAGCUCGAGCGGCUCACGUCGCUCGGCCGCGCGGGGGCCGUGAAACUCAUCGAGCGGACCAACGCGUUCCAGCGGCCGGCCCCCGAGGACCUGGACGACGUCGAUUUCGUCUAA